GCUCGGACGCUGCGACAGUGCUAACUUCCCCCUACCUGCUGCUUUGCGCGCCAAAUCCCGUCCCGCACAUUGUGUUCGCUUAUCCGUAUGGAGCGGCCGGUCUGUAUGAAAUCUUCACUUCAUAAUAGCAUCACGACGAAGACCUCGGGGCGGAGGUGAGAGUGGCUGGCUACCAGUAGGGGAAGUGAAGAGCAGGGAUGUGUGGGGUGCAUUGAACACUUGUCACUUCUUCCUGCCACUGUCUCCGCCUGUCCCACGCCGGGGAUUACGUCAUCGGCGGACACGUGGCCUUCGGACGAUCUUCAUCGUCGUGAUCGUGAUUGGCGGUGCUAGCUGUCAGUGGUCACGUGGUGCCUGGUCGGAUCACCUGCUCUUCGUCCUCUGCAAUGGCGUGCGCGUCUCUGUCCAAUGCCGCGGCUACGGCGGCGGUGUCGGGACCAGCGGUCUCGUCGGCCGCACGUGUCUCCGCCAGAGAAGGUGGGGCCAAGGCUGCGCGGGCUCUGGCUAUGUCCUGCCGCGCUCUCGGCGAGUCCGCCUUGAAGCGCCUCCCCAACUCGGCGGCUCGAUCCCGCCUUGCCACGUCGGAUUUCUUCACGCCGCUGUCUUCCGCAGCUCUCCGCUCCGCAGCCUCGGCAGCUUCCGCGCUCCCCUCCAGCAAGCGGACGUCGCAUCAUGCAGCGGCAGCAGUGACACCCGUCGCGUCUGCCAAUGGAUCUGGCAGCUCUGGCGGGGGGUUGGCCAUCGACUUGAGAGGAAAGCGCGCUUUUGUGGCGGGAGUAGCUGAUGAUCAGGGCUUUGGUUGGGCCAUCUCCAAAGCGCUUGCAGAGGCGGGAGCGGAGAUUAUUCUUGGCACCUGGGUGCCGGCACUCAGUAUUUUCGAAACAUCAAUGAAGCGGGGGAAGUUUGAUGAGUCGAGGAGAUUGGAGAAUGGAAAUAUGCUGGAGUUUGCGAAAGUGUAUCCCAUGGAUGCAGUUUAUGACAAGCCUGAAGAUGUUCCCGAGGAGGUGCGAACAAACAAGAGGUAUGCUGCAGCGGACGGGGGCUUUACUGUGCAGCAAGUUGCUGAUAGAGUGAAAGAAGAUUUUGGUUCGAUUGAUAUUCUGGUUCACUCUCUUGCCAACGGUCCUGAGGUGCAAAAAAGUCUGCUGGAGACAUCGAGGUCCGGAUACCUUGCAGCUGUUUCUGCGUCCACUUACUCUUUCAUUUCCAUGCUUCAGAGAUUCGGUCCAAUCAUGAACAGGGGAGGUUCAGCCCUCACUCUAACGUACAUCGCCUCUGAAAGAGCGAUUCCAGGCUAUGGAGGCGGUAUGAGCUCAGCAAAGGCCGCAUUGGAGAGUGACACAAAGGUUCUCUCAUUCGAAGCUGGAAGGAAGUGGGGAAUACGUGUUAAUACGAUUUCUGCUGGCCCGUUGAGGAGCAGGGCUGCCCGAGCUAUUGGCUUCAUUGACGACAUGAUCAACUACAGCACAGCGAAUGCACCACUUCAGAGAGAACUUGACGCUGUGGAAGUUGGCAGCACUGCUGCAUUUCUCGCAUCGCCACUGGCAGCGGCAAUCACAGGGACUCUCAUCUAUGUAGACAAUGGCUUGCAUGCGAUGGGUGUCGCUGUUGACAGUCCGUGUGUUGCACGCGUGGAGGAGCCUGACAAGGCCCCUGCCACUGUUUAAGUUCUUGAGAAUAAGGGUUUUCGAUUUGGGUUUGGUAAGUCGUUGUGUUCAGGUAGAAGAGGCUUGAUGGAUUGGAUAUAGCUCGAAGGCGAAGCCGGUGGGCGUCCGGUGUAAGGUGUUGUGGUUCCCUUUCCUCUGAUUGGGAGGAGGAAGCACCUUUUCAGAGAAUAUUUGCAAGUUUGGUGCGCAUUCAGUUGCUGUAGGUUUAGGUCUGUAGUCCUGUGAGUUUUCUUAAGUCUUCUUUGUACUAUGUUAUGUGCCAGAGGACUUUUGCAAUUGAAUGGCUGCGAUGAUGGGAGAGAAUAAGUCCGCGUGUGUGCAGCCAGACGAGUGUUUCGAGAGUUUUUGAUGUCGCGUAUGGAGAAUGUUUCAGAAGCCCCUUUCAGGGGUGGGUGGCGUUGGGAGCUCGUACCGACGGUGAUGGUGGCAUUGGGACCUCGCACUGGUGGUAAUGGUGGCAUUGGGACCUCGUACCGGCGGUACCGGCGGUAAUGGUGGCGGUCAUUAAAGUUCAGUGGGAAGGAAGUGAGGCUCUGAAAGGAGUCGUCGGCAUCAGGCUCGUUGGGACAGAUGGAGGGGGAGGAAAGAGAGAGAGAGAGACAGUGAUGGCGGUCACACUGUUUUUUUUUUUUUUAUGUGUGUGCACGCCGUGCGGUCCUUGUGUGCGGUGGUAGUGGUCGGGAGGAGGUUGAGAGGAGGUGGUUAGUUGGCAUAGGUCUUCAAGAUGGAGUUGGAGUACGCAUUAUUGAAGUGACAAUAAGGAAGAGAAGUUGUGAGAGGGUUUCCUCUUUUUCCUGUUUUCCAUCUUAUGAGAGAAUAUGGUAAUAUUAUGUGCCAGUGUAUGCUGGUUUUUCUCUGCGGUGAAGUGUUUCAAAACGCUGGUUUUUCUCUGCGGUGAAGUGUUUCUGCGA